UCACGGUGCCACUUCCUGCUCCUCCCAGUUCAAAGAUGGCAGCCAUGGGACGGAGACGAGCGACGACACAAAUUUAGGAGUUUUGUCAUGAAACCGUACUGGGAUGUAGAGCUCUUACAUGCGUGGUUUUGACAGGACAGCGAUAUAAUUUGUCCCUGCCAAUGUGUCACCUUAGACAGACGUUUAAAAGGUUAAGCAAUAUCAUGUUCUCGUGUGGGCUAAGCUAGCAAGCAACGGUUAGCAAAUAAAUGAACUCGUCUCUUCUGCCAUUCAAGAAGAAAGUAGCUACCCUGCAUACGGUCUGUUGACACCUUGCAAGCAGCUCAAGUUCAUCAUGGCCAUCACUCAGUUCCGUCUAUUCAAGAUCUGCACAUGUCUAGCCAGCUUGCUUUCUUUCUUUAAGAGGUUGAUAUGCAGGAGUGGAAGGGGUCGCAAACUCAGUGGUGAUCAAAUAACUCUCCCUACAACAGUGGAUUUUUCAUCAUCUGUACCAAAGCAGUCUGCACAGCCGGAGAUUGAAGAAUGGAGCUCUUGGGAUGAAGAGGCUCCUACAAGUAUUAAGAUUGAAGGUGGCAACGGAAACGUUUCCCCUCCACCCAAUGAUGUCGAUGAAGAGCCUGACUACUUCAAAGACAUGGCUCCCACCAUCAGGAAAACACAGAAGAUUGUGUUGAAGAAGCGGGAGCCUCUGAACUACCUGGUGCCUGAUGGCUCAGCAGGAUUCUCCAGCAGGCUGGCAGCUUCUCAGGACAUGAUGACCUUCACUCCUCCUUCAGCUGAACUGGGAGAAAUGGACAACUGGCAGGAGGACACAAACGCCUGGGAGGACGAAUCUGAUGCUGCCUGGGAGGCAGAGGAGGUGCUCAGACAACAGAAAAUGGCUGAGAGAGAGAAGAGGUCCAUGGAGCAGCAAAAGAAAAAAUGGAGAAAGAGGCUCAGAGAAUGAUGAAGAAGGAGCAGAAGAUUGCUGUCAAGCUCUCGUAACAUUUUAAAAGUGCUCAGUUUUGAGCCGAAGGGAUUAGGGUGGAGGCAAAGACAUUAGAUCAAUCUUUAAAGUCAUCAAACCAACCAGGAUCAUCACCAUACACUACUUAUCUGUUAGCAAACUGUCCUCCUUCUGUUUCCACCAGCAGCCAUUUAUAGUGUGUUUCCAUCUACAGCAGUGUAAAAUGCAUCAGUCCUGAGGGCAGGUAAGGCACCGGGGGCAGUUGUUCAUGUGACGAGGUCAUUUUGGCCUUUAAGGGAAAGCUCCAUUUAUACGAUCCAGUUCAUCUUAGGUUAAAGGUUAGAAGCAGCUUCAGUAGCUUUAGAUUCUUAUUAAAUCUGUCAGGUAGUGUAGGAACAUGUUCUGUUUUGGUUUUUCCCACCAAGAUUUGUAAAUAAAAUGGUACCUGUGCUACCUUUUUGACUCUCAGAUAGGCAGUACAAUUCCUUUUCUUUGUCUGUUUUGACCUCAGAGGACAAAGGUGUGUAAUUUAUUUUGUGCAUCACUGUAUUCCAGUGACAUCCCUCGGUUUGCUUAAUUAUUGUGUUUUUAUAUUUAUGUCUGUCAGUGUCUGAGAACUGAUUUUUUUUUUUCUCAUGAAUGUUGCUUGAUAUUUCACAGUAUCACCCUGUGUUGUAUAGCCCUUCUUACACUGGAAAUCUGCAUUAAAAUGAAGACUGGGGAUUUUCUAAGUGAGUGUAGAUGAAUGACCGUAGGCUAGAGUCCGUCCCAACGCUGCUCCAGCUGUGGGUUCCUGUGGUAAUCUCAUGGCUGUUAUCUGACACUCAUUCUCCUCUUUUGCCAGAACUAGAUACUGGUGGAAAAUACCCACCGGUGAUGAAUGCUUUUCUCUCUUUCCUUGGGAGGACAGAGUCUUGCUGGUUGCUGUUGAAUAGUUGAUCUACUGACUGCAGAUGGAGUCUUUAUAAAACAUAGAUCACCAUCACAGUGGAGUCUCAGAGCAGCUGUCUCUGCCAGUAAGUAGGUGAAACAACAAAUGUUUGCUUCGUUGCUCAUUUACAAAUAUGAUGCCUUCAGUUAACGUUUUUGACUUAGCGUCUGGUUCUUCAUUAUUGUAAUGAAAUUCGUGGUCCGUGUUGGAAAAAUAGCUACCAGUGCAAGUGUUGUCAUGGAAACACUGGCAGGUGGAGCAGCUGAAAUGUGCUGACAUGAGACCACAUGUCUUUGGUCUUAUGAUAAAUAUUUGAAGGAAGCAAAUCUCUGCCUUUAAUUUUAGGAUUACAAAAGUUUGUCUGUGGGUUAAUAUAAUUUAUGGAAUUAUUCACUGACACGCAGAGAUGCUGAUACUGUUGAUACUUUGAUGAUGAAUGAUUAUGAACAUGAUGAUUAGUGCAUGACCGGCUUUGACAGUAUAAUUGCGAGCAGGUGUUCAUUUCAAGGGAAUUCAACAAACUGUCUAUGUGGACUUGUGAUUUCUUUUGAAAGUGUUUUCCCUGAAAAAAGGCUCAUUUAAUUUUUGUCUUGCACAUAUUUUUUUUUGAAUCAUUGACACCCCCUUUUUUCAAACGUUUUCACUGUGUGACUUCAUGUUAAAAAUGUCCAUGGUUGAGCACAAACAAGGACUUCAUGAGGUAAUGAGUCUGCAAGCUCAGUCCACAUCUGGCAGAUUGUGUACCUGCUGUACCAGUCCUACACAGGUUUUUAAUAAAAUGAUGUGAUUCAUA